ACGUAAAAUAUGGGUUAUAUAAUAUAUUAUGUUAAGAUACAAAAAAAAUUACAAACAAUACACUGCCAAAUAAAGUGCAGAAUGGUUUAGCACUUCUCCAAUUUUUUUACAAUAACAAAGUUCCCAAGGUUUUAACCCGUAAAAAGACUCAAGUCGUGUACCCAAAAUACCGAGUGGUAGCAGCAAAUCAACCAGUGGCUCUCAAGAUGGCCGGCCCAUACUUAUCACCUUUGCCUGGUGAUCUCCUCACGGAGUAUAUGUUCGGAAGGCGCCGGCAGCGAAGGAAUCGAACUACUUUCACACCGCAGCAGCUCAGUGAGUUGGAGUCAUUGUUCCAGAAAACGCAUUACCCGGACGUGUUUUUGAGAGAAGAAGUGGCAUUGCGCAUCAGUCUCUCUGAGGCUAGAGUUCAAGUGUGGUUUCAAAACCGUCGUGCUAAAUGGAGGAAACAGGCUCGUCUUCAACUUUUGCAGGACGCAUGGCGGAUGAGGUGUCUUGGACUUGGCACACCCCCACUGCCGCUGCCAGGUCACGCAAAACCACCAGACUCUUCUCCCGAAGCACCAGAUUCUCCAAACGGAAAAGAAUCACCAGAACCACAAUCGUUAGAAAACAGAGAUUUAAAAUCUCCGCGACAAGACCCGUACCUACAUAAUCCAAGUGUACAAGAAUCGAUGCCUCCCAUGCCUGCAGUACACGACAUGCAAGCUCCGUUGGGUUAUAAUGAAGAUGGUCGAAUUAUGCAACCACCUUUCCCUUUCUCUCCAUUACUGAUGACGCCGCAAAUGGAUCCCGAAAUGGCUCCUACUGAUUUGAGAGUUAUGGGUACAAAGAAUCCCUGCGCGUGUACUGCGGAAGUAGAUGAACCUCAGAACUUAGCUUAUCGCCCUCAAAGACGCGAUAAAGAAAGUGACAGCGAUAGUGAUGCAGAAAUAGAUCUCACGUCGCAUUCUUCGAAAGACGAUGAUUUAAGGGAAUCCGAGAGAUUGGCCAACCGGAUAGCAACAAGCAUAUUCAGAAGUGACACAGUUUUGCAUGAUUUGGUACCGAAUGAUUUGAGCUUAGGAUCAGUUAAAAACGAUAGGAGUAUUAGUCGAAGUAAUUUGUCUAUGUAAAUUAACGAAAUAAAUCGUUUGUGUAUGCGAAAGCGAGACUGAUAGAGAGAAAUCUGGUGAAAAUCCGUAGAUAGAACUAUUGGGUGAUGACUGAUCAUGCAUUGAAAGGCGAAGUGUUACCAUUAAUAAAAUUCUCGUAUUUAAUACGAAGAACUAACUGUUGAUUCUAGGUAAAAAGCCCCAGUGAAUAUUUUUUUUGUCACAGAAUAGCGAAAAUAUAGUUUUAGUAAGGCAUACGAACAAUUUACGUUUUGUUUAAUAUUUAAAGGGCUUUCAAUAUAGAGUUUUCUAGUCAUUCAUAUUCGUGUCGUUAGUGUAGAUAUGUACUUAUGCGAUUUUAGUUUCAAUCAUAUUUUGUAACGUUCUUGAUGU